UGCAGCUGUUUCACUCGUUUACUUCUUAUAGUAAAGUGUUGUUGAACUUUUCCAGAAAUCUGCAUUGUUUCAAGGCGCAAAGAUAACGAGUCGCCGUCAGCGACGAUUGCCUGAUGCGAAGAUUUAUAGCAGCGAGACUCCGUGCACACAUUUCAGCACGUUGGACAGCGCGCGGCGCCGCAGAGGCGGUGCGUGGAUUCAACCGGUGGCUUGGAGCAGAGCAGCAGGAGUGAGAGGACUGUUUCCAUCAGCGUUACAUAAUAACUCCCCGGGCUUGCUCCACAUGUGGGAUUGGUUGCUACCUUUCUGGAUCACUAGGACCCUUGUUUGUCACCUUUUUUAAAAAAUAUUAUUUAUUUAUGUAUUUUUAAUAAAAACACAAAAGACAGCACUGAUUCUGUCUAGUGGGAAGGUGUGCCGCUGGAUGAGUGGUUGACUCCAGAAGCCGUGCUGACCAGCGUGGAAUAGGUGCCGACGAGACCCUCCAUUUAUAAGGAUGCUGGUGGGAAAUGCCUGGAGACAGAGAUGACGAGAUUUGUCAAAAGGCACUUGAACUCCUGUCUGAUCUUUGCUCGAAGGGGGAAGUGCAGAACGAAAACUGUCUGGAUUUUAUCUACUAUUUCCGAGACCUCGCCAGGCCACGCUAUUCGGAUUCAGAUAUAUCGGUUAGCCUGCUGUCACUGGUAGUAACUGCGUGUGGCUUGGCUCUCUUUGGGGUCUCCCUCUUUGUUUCUUGGAAGCUCUGUUGGAUACCAUGGAGGGAACGUGGUGUCUCCCCCACCACCAAAGAAGCCCAUGGGCACAUCAACCCUACUAUGAGCCCUCCGCCUCCACAGCUGGCUCCCAGACAGCCGGUUUACACAGCUGUGGAUCCCCCAAUGCACAACCGCCGUAAGUCAUCACACUGUUCCAUUGCCAAGGAGCCAACUCCGGUGGCAUCUGUUGUGUCAGUGGAGGCUCCUGUGACUCCUGUGUCACCCCCACCUGUGGUCAUGGCCACACCAGAGGCAGCUAUGAAGAUAAGCCACACAUCCCCAGACAUACCACUGGAUGCUCAGAGUAAAACCCGAGAAAAUGGGGUUCAUACUAACCCUCGUAUGCAGAGACAGACCACGGAGCCUGCACCAGGUGGUGGCUCAAUAUCUGAAAUGGGUCAAGGGUCCAUUCGGAGACACAUGAACCUCUCUAAUCCAGACUUCAAUGUGGCACAGUUCCAAAGGCAGGACUCCCUCACUGGAAUGGGCCUGGGCCUCGGCCGCCUCAAACCUGAGCUCUACAAGCAGCGCUCACUUGAGGGGGAUGAAGGCAAUCGCAGAGGUGGAGGCUGUGGGUGCCUCCACUUCAUCCUCAAAUUUGACUGUGACUUAGAACAGUUGAUAGUUAAAAUCCAUAAAGCAGAGAACCUACCAGCCAAGGAUUUCUCUGGUCCCUCCGACCCUUAUGUGAAAAUCUACCUGCUGCCUGAUCGUAAGACCAAGCACCAAACCAAGGUCCACCGUAAAACGCUCAACCCUGUGUUUGACGAGGUCUUCCUGUUUCCUGUGGCAUACUCUGAGCUUCCCACGCGUAAGCUGCACUUCAGUGUCUAUGACUUCGACCGCUUUUCACGCCAUGACAUCAUUGGUCAAGUGGUGGUGGACAACUUCUUGGAUCUAGCAGACUUCCCCAGGGAGACAAAACUGUGCCGGGAUAUCCAAUAUGUUUCCUCGGAUAACGUGGAUCUUGGUGAUCUCAUGUUCUCACUCUGUUACUUGCCUACUGCGGGUAGACUGACCAUUACUAUGAUAAAGGCCCGCAAUCUCAAGGCCAUGGAUAUCACUGGUGCAUCAGAUCCAUAUGUGAAGGUUUCGCUGAUGUGCGAUGGUCGUAGAUUGAAAAAGAGGAAGACAUCAACAAAGAGAAACACUUUGAAUCCAGUUUAUAAUGAGGCUAUUGUCUUUGAUGUCCCACCAGAAAACAUAGAGCAGAUCAGCCUUUUGAUAGCUGUGAUGGACUAUGAUCGCGUAGGCCAUAAUGAGGUCAUCGGUGUGUGUCGAGUUGGCAAUGAUGCAGACAGUCUCGGUCGAGAACAUUGGAGUGAAAUGCUCACAUACCCCCGAAAACCUGUUGCCCACUGGCAUCCUCUUGUCGAGUACCAGGGGACCACAGGUAGUAGCCAGGGAGGAUCAUGUAAUUCCCUGAAGACGCCUCCUUCUCCGUAGCCUUGAGCAGCAUUUCACAAGAGAGCAAUGAUCAACUCAGAGCCUUUGCUGAGCUCUGCUCAGUUUUCCUAAUACACAGUCCCAACAGAGAAAUGCAGACAUCCAUGAACACUUAUGGAAAAGAAACACAGAUAAUCCAGAAUGGAUCAGUUGCAUGUUGAAUGAUUGCAAAAAUGGAUGUUUUCUUUUUAUGUUUUAUUAGAAAAACACCUGGAGUAUGCAGGCAUUUUCAGUCUGUGUCAUUGCUAAGUUUGUAAAGUCAUUAUUGUCUUUUUUUUUUUUUUUUUUUUUUUUAAAUUAUUUUAAUUUAGUCUGUAUUUUCACAAUGUACUUAAAACCAGUUGAGCUGCCAUACUUUUUUAGAUUUGAUGGUGAAUUGGUGCAUGAGGUUUGGUGGGAUAUCUUGUGUGUUUCUGUUUCUAUUUUUGCAAUAUGGUGUGUUGUUCUGUCAGUUGAUGUACAGUGGCAGUUGAUUUUUAGAUAAAAUAUCUGUAAGUAAAAAAAUGUUAAAUGUUAGAAAUAAACCAUAAAAAAACACAACUGUUGUUAAUCCAGUUCAGUUUUCCAAAUUUUAAUCCGAAAAGCUGAAAUAUGUAAAUUCAUAUCAGAGCAAUUAUAUCUUUAGAAACCUAUGAUUUGUUACAUGGCACUCAAACAUUGAACAGCUAUUAGUCGAUGAUAUCAUACAUUUGCUAAGAUAUUACCUUAACCCUACAAGACAGAAUAGGACACCCUAAAAAAAAACAAGACCAUCAAAAUUUGGCAAAUUAUCAAUCACCCAAUCAGUUUCAAAAGUGACAGCACUACCUCAUGCUAUACAUAUAUACUAUAUGGUUGUUAGUAUAGUUAAUUAAAAGCCAGGCUCUUAAUUUGUUUCAGAUAUCAAGAUUUUGACAAUUUGUGAAAGAUAAUAAGUACUUGUACCUACUGUAAAUCAAUUAAACAACAACCAGAGAGUAAAUGAUCAUGUAAGGUAUUAGCUAUCUUUCCUAGCGCAGCUGAUUUCAUUUAGGACCAGUUUAGAGCACCUUAAAUGUGUUGCUUCUACUUUGGUAACUUGCUGGCAAGAAGGAAACUGCAUCCAGAAAGUCAACAGACUCACAGAGUAAAAAGGACGUUGGAACUCACCUGGAACAAACCAGUUUCCUAUCUUCUUUCUUUCUCACUUAAUUUAAAUAGCUUAUAGCCAAUGCUCCUCUUUGCUGUGCUUAUAAUACUGUAACAUUUUCCUUAUUUUAUGUGUUGCGAGGAGCAGGCCAUGAAAAAUGAGUGGAAAAUGCUAUAAAAUUUUUCCAACUGGAAAAAAGCCUUUCAUCUGUCAUUACAUUCAAAGACCGUGUCAUUCAUGCUACAUAAAAUACAAGGAAUGCAGUUUUAGUGAAGAUGUUCAAGCAAUUUCAUUACAGCCAAAAGGCAGAGAUUAAAAAUACUGUGAGCCACUGAAUCAAAAUAUUGCAGCCAUAUACUGUAAACAAACAAGGUUUUUGUAAUCAACUUGCGGUAGUCAUUUAGCUGUCAGUUUGAAAGCAGUGUAGAAAAGCUUUCGCACAAUUGCAUUUGGAGUAGUUCAA